UACGUUUCCUGUUUAACACGGCUGCGGGCGCGGCUCGAGGGUUUGCGAGCAGAGAUGCACAUGGCCCUCGCAGCUGGCCACUCUCAGUAGCGUGUAGUGUUGCAGCAGGCAAGGAACCUUCCUUAGGGUCUUGCUGGGCUGCUGGUCAGGAGCCACCUAAGCUAUGGAAGAUGAUGAUGAUGAUGUAAAACUUGAAGAAGAAAUUAAUAUAGAAUUGAGCAGAAUCAGUGUUACUUCCCUUGAAGAAGAUGAUCCCAGCUCUGAUUUAUCUGCAGAUGCUUGGAGUGAUGGUGAAACAGCUUCAAAUGGAUUACCAGAGUCAGUUACGUACUAUUUAAACUUUGUGAAGAACAGAAGUAAAAAUACUGAAAAUCUUAUAUUGCAAGAUGUAGAAGAUGAAGAAACUGCAAGUGAACACUAUCAAGUAGUAUCUAACCAUGCUUCAGAGUACUUGGCAGAGUUGGCUUCUGAAUACAAUGAAGAUCCAGAAGUAUUGAAGAAGAGGAUACUGUCUGAAAUAGAAAAUGAAGAAAUGCAGGCCAGUGCUGGUCCUGACAGUAAUAGUCAACCCAACAGUGAGGACAUAACUGGCAGUGUGGUUGCUGAUGAAUGUUCUGUUGCAGAUAACGAUGACAUGACUGUAAGCUUCACUUACCUUGAAGUAGAAGAAAGGUGCAAGCAAGAAUUUGAGCUGUGGGAGGAGCAACAAAAAGAACUUGAAAAACAGAAAAGGAAAAAACUAAAAGCUGAGAUGGAAAUAGAGGAAAAACAAAAUGAGGAUGAAAAGAAGAGAAGGCAACUAUGUCUGGAGGAAUUUGAGACUGAAAGAAUGAAGUUAGAGACGCUUCAUAAGCAGCAACAAGCUAUGAUGGAAGAUGAGUUAUUAAAAGAAAAAGAAGUUUGGCAAGAAAAGUUUAAGCAACAUGAGGAAUUGAUCAAAAGUCUACAGUUGCAAAUAGAAGAGGCGAAAAGGAUCUUUGAAGAGCAGAAAGCAAAAGAAAGACAAAGUUUGGCAGAGCAGUGGAAUACAGCAGCUGUAAAAAUCCAAGCUAGAUUUAGAGCAUUUGUUGUUUACAGAAAAUAUGCUCCUAUCUUAAAAGAAUGGAGAGCAGAAAUUAAAAGGAAGAAGGAAUUGCAACAAAAAAUGGAGAGAGAUAAGAGAGAAAAGGAAGAAAAAAUGAUGAAAAGGAUCCAGGAAAGGAAGCAAAAAGAAGAGGAGGCAAGAAAAAGACAAGAAGAAAUUGAAAGACAAGCAUAUAUGGAACGGGUGAGGAGACGUGAGGAGUAUGAAAAGAAGAAAGUCAGUAUGAGGCUUGCACGAGAAAAGAGCCUACAGGAAGUAUCAAGAGGGCAACAAGGAAUAAAACAAAAAGAGAAAAUAGCAAUAAACACAGCAGUUGUAAAUAGAGAUAAAGAUACAAAAAAUAUGAAGGAAGAAAAAGGAGAAAAUACAGAAGACAAAAUUGAUCAGGAAAAGGAGCAGAAGAAACAAAUAUUGGAAAUAAGAGAAGAGGGAAAGAAACAAAAAGAAAAACAUGUUGGAAAGAUACAAGAGGCAAAUAAUUCAGAGAAUCUAAAAGACAAAAAACAGACAUCACCAAACUCUGAGAAGAAAGAAGAGUCUCAUGAAAAAGGUAAUGAAAAUGAAGAUGGAUAUUUGAUGACACAUACAGGAAAAAGUUCUCUGCAAACUACAGUCCUUGACAAAAACACAAAUACAAAUAUGCUGGACAGAGAAGCCAUUGUCCUUGUAGCUAAUGAUGCAUUCACAAAUAAGGAGAACAGUAGUCACAUCAGUCAGUGGCACGUGGAGGCCCAGGCAUAUACCAGCAACAGUAAACACAAAGUGCAAUUUUGUAAGUCUGAAACAAUUAAAACAGCAGAGGUUGUGAUGAAGGAAACUCAGGAGGAAGUUGCUGAGGAUUGGGACAAUAGCGUGAGUGCAAUUAAGUCUUUUGAAAGGCCCCUAACACAGCUUGAUGAUGUUGAAAAGAGGAGGCUAACUUGGAUGAGGACAUGCAAACCCUGGUCUAAAAUUUAUAUGGAAAACCAAAGAAAGAAAGUAGUUAAAAGAAGCAGACCAAGAAAAAGCUCAGCUAGCAAGAUGCCUCCAUUAAGUACAGAAAUUAUUCUCCAGUGUGGCCUUUGGAAUGCCCUCCAACAGGUCACAACACUUAUGCUUCAAGAUUUGCCUGGCUGUAGCCUCUCUACAUUGUCAGAAUGUAUGAGUCUUCAGUUAUUGACCCUGAGACGCUGUGGACUAACUGCACUGGAAGGACUCAGUAACUGCAAAAGCUUAAAGUAUAUUGAUGUGGAGGAAAACAAUAUUCAGACAAUCAAUUGUGAGAAUCUAGAAAAUCUCUGCAUUUUAAUUCUGAACAAAAACCAACUUGCAUCACUUCAUGGCUUAGAUGGCUGCAGUGAUCUCAGGAAUCUUGAACUUUCCUGCAAUAAAAUCACACGAAUUGGUGGUUUGGAGUCAUUGAAAAAUCUCCAGCAACUAAUUGUGGAUCACAAUCAGUUAGUCAGUAUGAAAGGUCUCUGUGAUGCUCCCACUCUCAUGCACAUAGACUGCUCUUUUAAUCAUCUUACUCAGCUUGAAGGCAUUGAGAAUUGUGGUCUGCUUCAGAUUCUGAAAUUACAAGGAAAUAAUCUAACGGAGCUCCCUACCUUGGAAAAUCAUGUUCUGUUAAGAGAGCUAUACUUGGAUGACAAUAGUAUUUCACAUAUGGAAACAUUUUCUUUGUAUUGGCUGCCUAUGCUGGAGAUCCUUUCUCUGUCUCAAAAUAGUUUGACUCAACUUGCACCUCUGUUUUCAUGUGUGUCUUUGGAAAAGCUUAACAUCAGCAACAACUGCUUAUCAGAUCUUGACAGUGUCAUCAGAUGGUUUAGUGGAUGUCAUAAAUUAAGUGAGUUAUCACUCAGUGGAAAUCCAGUUCUCCAAGAAAAAAAUUGGAGGUGUUCCCUACUUAAAAUACUUCCUUGUUUGCAAUUUCUUAAUGGUGAAAACCUGAAUUAUCCUGCAAAACUCUCAAGUGAAAGAAUCAAAGUGUCAAAACCAGGAAGCUUUUUGAAUUUUUGUCAAGCCCAGAUUGAAGAAAUUGCCAUAGUAAGAAAGAAGAUCGCUGAACAAGGAAAUGCUUCUUCCUUGGAUGCUGCACAGAGUCAAUGUUGGUAUUUUAAGAAGCUGAUGAAACUUAGUAAUGAACACCGAUAUGCACAUGAAUAUGGAGACCUAAACGUUGCUGACAGAGAUGAACCAGAAGCACAGCAACAUCAUUUGAAGCAAACAGCCACCGACAGGCUAGAGCAAAAUAACCUCUUUAUCGCUGGUGCAAAGGAAAAUAAGCAGGGCUUGUUGAAUCCUUCUGAAAGAUGGAUUACUACAGGCCACAUUCCGCCUAUGUUCAUUAACUCCUCCGUACCUGUUCCUGAAAAGAAAAGUAAUCAAGAGCACAAAAUAAAGAAGAAAAGUACUGAAUGUAGCAUCAGUCACAGAGGGGAGAGCAAAGAUAAAAUAUCAGCUCCUUCUACAAGAAAUACGUUCAGAGAGAGAAUCAUUGCAAGUAAUGAGAGAGAGAAUCUUCAGCAUGUUGAGAACAAAGUAGAAAAUUUGGCAGCUACAUUAAUCCAGUCAUAUUGGCGAGGCUACGUAAUUCGGAGAGAUAUUCGUUCCUAUGCUAGAUUACAUAUGGCGGCAUCAGAGAUCCAGUCUGCUUGGCGAAAGUAUCGUGCCAGGAGAAACACUGUCUACUGUAGAAAAGAAAGUAGUCAACUCAAAGUUGCUAUAGAACAGAAGCAUAAAGCUGCAGCACUUAUUCAGGCAUUUUGGAAGGGUUUCCACUUGCGGAAGAAACUAGCCAGUGCUCUUGCAGCUGUUAAAAGUGAUGAAGUGGAGGAUGACUAUGAAGAAGUAAAUGUGGAUGAUUUUACAUUUGAUGAAGCUGCUUUAGAGAAAGAAUGGCUAGCUUUGGAUUCCACCCGCUUCCCUUCAAAAACACUGCUGCUCACAAACCAGCUGCAUUGGCCAAAGAAUUCUAGGCCUUUAAGUUCAGAUCAUGGUUUGUUCAAUUUACCAUGGCCUCCACAUGAAGCCUGGCAGUGUGAUGAGAAACUUCAUUUAUUCUCACCAGAAAACACCCAGCUUAAUUCCAGGCCAGAGAAGAGAGCUAUAUCACAUCUCUCUGACUUGCAAACUAAAAAGAAUUCAUCUUUCAAAUUGAAAAAAGAAGAGAAAAUUUCCGAAGAAUGGGGUUUUAAAGAUAUUGCCACUGCACAGCUAAUGCUGAAGAGGGCUCAUAAAAUGAAAUCCAAGAAACCUAGUAGUAAACAUUUAGAUCCAGCUGUGCGCCUGGCGUUGUUCAGAAACAAUGAAAAUAAACAUCCCCCUGUGAAACCACCAAGGAAGAGACAGACAGCUAAAGUCAGUUACUUUGAAGAUAAGGAAGAAGAAUUUGUCCACUUGGAUACUACUUCCACUGAGAGAUUACAAAGGAGCAAAGAAAUUACAUACCAAUGGCUUCACAACCAAGUCGGAGAUUAUGAAGCAACCAAUUUGAGAAAUGUUAAAUGCAAUCGCUUCUUGCCUGACUUAGACCCAGACAUACUAAAUGGUGGACGAGUUCAGCUUGUGGCAAGCCCUGUAAGCAGAGAAGACAUGGAUUUAGACCUUAUUUCCAUGAUCAGUGGAAGUGCUUUGACUCAGAACAGAGAAAAAAAUAAUCAGCCACACAGACACUCAGCAGGAUCUUCAACAAAAGACCUAUCUGCUUCAGAAAGAACACACCCGCGUCCAUUUUGUAAAGAGAGGAUAUCGUUUCGAGACCAUCCAGUCCAGCUCAGUGGGGGAUGGGGAAGUGGCAAGAAAAAGGCAAAAAAAAUUUGAAGAAUUAGUUGAAACUUCAACAUGUAAAAUAUAUGGAGAACUGUUUCUUUUCAAGAGGUCUGUGAUUGUCAUUUAUUUUAGGAUUCUCUCUCUCUCUCUCUCUCUCUCAUAUAUAUAUAUAUAUAUAGUUACCAAUUGGAUAAAAAGUUUCAAAUUACUGUUAGAUUCAUUUUACCGUGUGUUUUGCAAGUUUUUUGUUUUCUUUUUGUUUUCUGGUGACUAUAUUCUAUACAUAUCUUAUUUUGUAUUUCUAGUUGCUUAUGUGUUUAUGUGGUAUGGAAUAUAGACUCUGUUAACUUCUGUUACUAUAAUGUGAUUUACUUAUAACAACUAGUUUAGAUGUAUAAAUUCAAUAAUGAGUCAUGAUUAUUAUUGAGGAUGUAUGUUAAAACCUUAAGUACUGAUUUCUUGUAGUAGAAUAAUAAUACAUAUCGGCUACGUCUACACUGGCAUGAUUUU